AUGCAGUUCGACGCGGAUCCGGGCCGACUUCACAACAUGGCAUCUGUGGAGAUCAAGGGUGCUUUCAAGUGCUUUGGUAUCGUGACCAGAUUUGUGCGAAGGCCUGCAAGCAGCAGUCUCACGCUCCUUCCAAGUUUGCUAGCCUUUGCUGCUUUGAACAAUUCAUCGACAACUCAAGUCUCAGACAACUUUCAACAGAAGUUAGAACUUUCAACUAUUCUAGAUGACAUGGAUCAACGGUCCAUGUGCCGAAACUGGAACUCUGGGGCGCUCCGAGUUGCUCAAUACUCGCUGGUAGCCGCCGGCAUCCGUAAUGCGACAAUCGACGACCAGGACGGUGACUCUCGGGUGACAAACAACCAUGUCACUUACUAUCCACGCGAGAACGCUUGGGAUGAUCAAACGUGCGGCAGUAACAAGUGUGCCCUUGUUUUUGACACGUCGCUGGCAUUCGACAAUACAUAUACUGCGGGGACGUGGGACCCCGGCAAUGCGACGAUGGGAAUCAACAUGCAGUUUAAUGGAACCGCGAUUUAUGUGUAUUUCAUCCUCGCAAACACAAUUGUCAACAGCGCCAACUUCACACUUGACAGCGACGAGCCAGAACUUUACAGCUACCAACCCAGCGCAACCCAAUAUAAUGCGACAGUUUUCUUUCGAUCCAACCUCCCGAAUACUCUCCAUACACUAAACAUCUCUACCACAGGUCUCACGCCCCUAUACGUCAACUUCGACUAUGCAAUCUACACCUACAAUGAUGGUGAUUCGACCACCACCUCGUCGCCAUCAUCGCUGUCCACGGCGACGACUAUGUCUCAGGCACCAUCUACCACCCUUACAGGUGCACCAGCUCGGAGGACUCCAGCAGGUGCUAUCGUUGGUGGUGUAGUGGGUGGAAUUACGCUGCUUGCCCUUGUCAUCUCCCUUCUGUUCUGUUGGCAUCGUCGGGGAGGCCAUGAUGCCCUUCGGAGUAUUAGGGGAAACGGGGGUCCCGACCAUCUAAUGAGGCAAUACGACGAUGGGGUAGGCAAUCUAGCGGUGUCAGCCUCUGCGAUGCCAUAUACGCAACCGCUUGCAGUCGGCUCAGAAUCCCCCAUGGCCAGCGUCACGCUACCCGGCAGCCUCGGUACUAGUAGCAACAACCGUAGUGCCUCUGCUCUGCUACCAUCUCCUUUGAAUGUCACAGGAACACGGGAGGAGGUCCGCCGUGCACGACAAGAAGACCUCGAUAAUCGGCUAAGAGUGGUACAGCAUAACAUAGUACAGUUGGAGGAGUCAAGCGCAAGUUCUGGGAGAUCGGUGUCAUUGAGGCGGCAGACUUCGGGGGCGUUUGAUUUCAUUGAAGAGGAGAUGCAAAUGUCAAUGCUUGACAUGCAAGAGGCGAUUCGGUCGCUGAAGGAGCAAAUGCGCGUUUUGAGGGAGCAGCAGCAGUCCGCAUGGGCCCAGGGAUUGUCGGACGAUCGUCCGCGCGGAUAUACACCUAUGGAGGGGAUGCAAAUUCCAGGGGAGGCAUCGUCUGAACCUGAUAUGUCACAACUAAGGCCCAAUGAAAUCAAGGGGUGCCGGCCCGGGAAUCCCGUACCGGGACCCGUGGCCACCAACAUGUGA